AUGAACAGAAUCAGGGUGCUGGGGUUGGUACUUAUGUACUAUAUCCUGUCGCUAAGUUUAGGAUAUCUGACUUCGUUUCUGCUUUCCAGAAAGACAUAUAAUUUCAGCUUUCCUUUGUUCAAAGCAUCCCUGCAAAACUUGAUUCAUUUCCUUGGGGCAUCCACGGCCUUAAGGCUGCAGAGGGAGAAAGCCCCAAAGCCCAACUACUUUGGACCGUCCUUCCCAUGUGCACUUGCAGGCGCAACAGACAUAGGGCUUUCGUCGAUAUCCUUGAGGUUUACAACCCUUGCAUUUUACACAAUGGUGAAAUCCUCUUCCCCGGUGUUCAUCCUCUUGUUUGGAUUUGCACUUGGAAUUGAGAAUCCAUCGAUAACGUUUUUCCUGACGAUAUUUACCAUAGGCGUGGGUGUGUUUCUCACGUCGAUAAAGAACACAAGCUUCGACAUCAUUGGCUUUGGAACAAUCUCGCUUGCCUCUCUAAUGGCUGGGUUCAGGUGGGCAUUUGUUCAAUACCUUAUUAGAAACCAAGAGGUCAGAAAAGAAGGAGUCUUUGUUACCAUGAGGGAUCUUUGCCUUCCCAUAUCAUUCCUUCUUCUUCUUAUCUCCUUGCAUGUCGAGGGUCUUAUGGAGAUAGUAACUUCAAGGUUCUUCAAUACAUUUGAUGCUGCCUUAAGGAACUUUGGGUACAUCUUACUAUGCGGAACCCUGUCGUUUAUGCUGCUAUGUGCAGAGUUUUCACUUGUCUCGGAAACGGGCGUUGUGUUUCUGAGUGUUGCAGGGAUUGUUAAGGAACUAAUUAUCAUUUUCUAUGCAAUAAUAACAAAAGAUAUCAUCCUAAGCAAUCUGAACUAUGCUGGGCUGGGUAUAAGUAUUAUGGGUAUAUUAGUAUACAAUCUCAGCAGGAAGCCAUUUUCCUCGCAUUGA